GUCAGGUCUCUUAACAACCUCCGUUUAUAGCAACAGAGCAGCUUGUACAACUCUCCAGAGAGCUGCUGAGGAAUAACUUAGAGACACAAGCUUGGAGGCAAGGAAAGCAGGACAGUACAACGAAGGAAAAUGCCAAAAAAGAAAAGUGGACCAAAAGGUAAGAAAAUCACCUUAAAACAGGCCAAGAAUUCCAUUAAGAUUACAUUUGACGGCAAACGCAGGUUAGAUCUUUCAAAAAUGGGAAUAGCAGCCUUGCCUAAAUGUCUGCUUAAACUGUGUGAUGUGGAAGAGCUUGACCUAAGCAGAAAUCUAAUUCGAAAAGUGCCUGACUGGAUCCAGCGUUUCCAGAACCUACGUUGGCUGGAUCUUCAUAGCAACCAGAUUGAGAAACUUCCAGAAUCCAUUGGUCAGCUCCAGGGACUGCUGCACCUCAAUGUUUCCAAUAACAAGAUUACAGCAAAAGGAAUACCACUAGAGCUUAAUCAGCUGAAAAACCUCCGUCUUCUCAAUCUUGGAUUAAACACUAUUGACAUGCUUCCUACCACUCUGGGGGCCCUUAAGGAACUGAAGGAGGUAGGGCUGUUUGAUAACCAGCUCACAAGUUUACCCACCAGCAUCAUCAAAUUGCCUAAACUCAAGAAGUUGAACACAAGGAGAAAUCCAAUUCCACCCACACAGGAGGAGCUACAUGAAACUGAGAAGGAUACAAUCCAAAGAGUGGAAGCUCUUUAUCUGGUAGACCAAAAGGACCUAUGCCAGCCAUGCCUGAGUAAGUGCCAGGAAGAAAGGAACAAGCUUAACAAAUUAAAGAACUGUGGGCCAUCAACACUGAAGAAGCCAAUCUUUACCAAUUUGGUGACUCCAAAUUCUACAGCCAAAGAAACCCAAGCUGAGUGGAGGUGAAAAUUGGACUGAAACUAGACCCCACUUACAAAUAAGUGGACUAAAAAAAAGAAGGAUUCAAAGUAAAAUAAAACUGCUGAGUGUAGACCAAAUUAACUAGUGAGCAUAUCAAAUAUCCUAACUUACUGAGAGAGAUUGAUCGGAGAUAAGAUCAAGUCAAAACAACUGUUAAAGUAGUACCCUGUUGGUAAUAAAAGGUGAAAGUGUUGCAUGUA